AAAACCCCAGGAAGUGUCAACACAUUUGAAAAUCAUCUCUACUCGCUCCUCUGCGUUCUGUCGAAGUGAUUAAUUGUUGCUAGGAUAAUUGAGUGACUGUUGUGAGUGUUGACAAUUGCAAUUGUUAUUGCAAUUGUCUCAGGAACGAGGGGAAGUCUCGGGUUUUUCUUGUCCUCGAGAUCAUGACGAAGGAUGAGAGGAAACAUUCUGACAGCAAUGAGGAGAAGAGGGGAUCUGAAACGGGUCCAGAUCCCUCAGCUCCGAUCACCAGAAGGGGAAUUUUGACAUCUCUCUUGACUGGAAAACCUAUGGAAAUUCCAGAGCAAGACAUUCUGGGAAAAUGCAGAUUCGUCUCAGAGUUCGAAAAAUUGAACAGAAUAGGGGAGGGAACUUAUGGAAUAGUUUAUCGAGCCCGAGACACGAAAACCGACAAGGUGGUGGCCCUGAAGAAGGUUCGAAUGGAGCACGAGAAGGAUGGACUGCCAGUGAGUGGUUUGAGAGAGAUAAGUGUUCUCCUCUCGUGUCGUCAUGAGAAUAUUGUCCAGCUGAGAGAAGUCGUGGUGGGUAGAAGUCUCGAGAGUAUUUUCCUGGCUAUGGAGUAUUGCGAACAGGAUCUGGCCAGCCUCCUCGACAACAUGCAGACGCCAUUCUCUGAGAGCCAGGUCAAGUGCAUUGUCCUGCAGGUUCUCAAGGGUCUGCGAUAUCUCCACCGCAAUUUUAUCGUCCACAGGGAUCUCAAGGUCUCAAAUCUGCUCAUGACAGACAAGGGAUGCGUUAAAAUCGCUGAUUUUGGUCUCGCGAGGUGGUUCGGUCUGCCCCUCAAGCCCAUGACUCCCAGGGUCGUCACUCUGUGGUACAGAGCACCUGAAUUACUCCUCCAGGCAAAGACUCAGACGACUUCUGUGGAUAUGUGGGCUGCUGGAUGCAUUCUAGGAGAAUUGCUGGGUCACAGGCCGCUGCUACCAGGUAGAUCGGAAAUCCAACAGCUCGAACUGAUUGUUGACCUUCUGGGCACACCCUCAGAGGCUAUUUGGCCGGAGUUCAAUGCCCUCCCAGCCCUCCAGAAUUUCACCCUCAAGCAGCAACCCUAUAACAACCUCAAGCAGAGAUUCCCCUGGCUCAGUGCUGCUGGACUACGACUUCUCAAUUUUCUCUUCAUGUACGACCCGAAAAAACGAGCAACUGCCGAGGAAUGCCUUCAGAGCAGUUACUUCAAGGAGGCUCCACUCCCCUGUGAUCCCAAGCUCAUGCCAACCUUCCCCCAACACAGGAAUAUGAAGAAGUCCAGUCAGUCGAAGGAAAUCAGGGAGCCUGAGGUACUUGUCAGCGAUCAGACGAGUAACUUACCUGCUAUCUCUGAUUUACUCGGAUCUCUAGUGAAGAAAAGACGAGUAGAAUAAUUUCAAGUACAAAUUUAUCUUUUUGGAUUUCCACGGAUUUUAUAAUUACUGCCCAAUCACUGAGGACUUACAUGCAUAAGAUUUUAAAACUAAGUGAUCAAUAAAUCGAUGUCUCAGCAA